AUGAGCUACCUUACCGCUACCCUCACCCACGCCGAAAUCAGCCUCAUCAGCGAUCCAAACCGACCAGGGUGCGAUGCGAUCCGCGACCUAGACGCCCUCUCCCAAUCGCUACGUAGGAAUCCCGACCAUUUUGAGGAGGCGCUGCGGGUCAAGAACACGCUCGAUGCGUUUGGACAGAGAGCUGCCGUGGAGCCGAGUCUGGAGGUGCUCGCGGCCAUUUUGAAUUGCGAAUACAAACUUUGGACAAUGAACGAGGGCAUUCCCAUGCGGUUCAAGCCUUUCUUAUCGCAUUGGAUCGAGGCACUCAUUGGCAUUGAUGAGGAGCUUGCGGCGUGGCAGCGAGACACAGCCGCCAACAACCAUAUGAAGAACACAGUCACUACCGACGAGAUUUUGCGCAUCAGGGCCCGAUGCAUCAAGGGAUUGCUGAUGGAUAAGCCGCUGUCGCCAAAGGAGCCGACUUGGCGCGCAUACCAGCGCAUGCUCGAGAACGAGGCCUCGCUGCCGGAAUUCGACAUGGUGCCGUAUAUGCACAUGCUGGUGGAAACGCAGGUCUGGGACACGCUGCCAGAGCCGCAGGGGCAAGCGACUAGAAAUCAUGUGCACAAGCCAGAGUCGCCUUCGAGUGAAAAGAAAACACCGUGCAAUGCUAAAACGUACUCGGUUAAUAAUUCCGAGUCCUGGGAAGAGAGCAUGCUUCGCACGCUUAGAGAGGAUCCGGAGGCGGCUGCUGAGGAGCUCUCGCGGCUCCCCUUGGAGAUUUCGUCGCUGGAUUUCCUCACCAGACUCCUUGUUGAUGACACCUUUGAGGAGCUGGGCAUUGACGGUCCCAACAUCAUACUCCGGUUCAUACAACACGCAUUACGGCUCGUCGAGGCAAUGGAAGCGCCUCCGCCGACUUCAGAGCUGACUGUGAAUGGCAAUGGCCACGGCGCAGAAAACGGUAUCCCAAUUGUUGAAUAUGGAAAAGAGGCACAGACUCGCGCUAUCAGCAUACUGCUGCUGUUCAUCAAGAGCUCAAUGAGCAAGGGCAAAUUGGACGCAGGUCUUCUCAUCUUUGAGAUCCAGGAGAUAUGCAUAAGGUAUCUGUGGAUGAAGGAAGUUCGUGACUUCCGGGCUUGGGUUGAGCAGGGCCCUCUGGAUGGUUGA